AUGACGAGACAUCCAUCCUAUAAAGUAGCGUACCUAAUUCUCAACCUGAUGCCUCCAAAUCGCACCGAUAAGAAAUCGGGCGAUAACAGCCCGAAUAGCGCGGGGUCAGCUAACCAACCUAGGGACAUGCGGAGAAAGCUGACUCCUCAUGGUUGGUCCGGGGCAAGCAGUCAGCUCAAAGAGGCUGGACCCUUGAGUCAGGGACGUUUUUGCAUCGUGGGUUCGGCUUGCAGUAGUCAGAGGCAAGUGCACUGUAGUGAUUGGCUUGCGUUCCGGAUCACCGUCCCGUUGGGUCUCUGGCACUCAGAAUCCGAGCUUGUCUGA